AUGCCUUCUUACCAUUUCAGCACGCUAAAGGACAUACCGGAUCUGUCCGGAAAGGUCAUUCUCAUCACUGGAGGCAUUCCAAGCAAGAUUUUCUUCACCGGACGCAAUGCGAAGGCUGCCAACAGCCUCAUCGAGUCAAUGAAACUCCUGAGUCCACAGGUGCAAGUUCGCUUCAUUCCUUGUGACCUUGCAGAUCUGAGUUCUGUUCGUCAAGCAAGCAACAGAAUUGCUGCCAAAGCAUCACGAAUUGACUUGUUCUUCUGCAAUGCGGGUGUUAUGGCAUCACCAGCUGGAUUGAGCAAGGACGGCUACGAGCAGCAGUUUGCGACCAACCAUCUCGGUCAUGCUCUGUUGAUCGACCUCUUGAUGCCAAUCCUGGAAGACACGGCAUCGUUGCCUGGAUCUGACGUCCGGAUCAUCAUAACAACUUCACAAGCCGCUGCAACGUCGUUAGUACCGAAGCGCGGUAUCGACUUUAGCGCUCUCAAGACAGAACAGAGGAUGUUUGCAGGACGAUGGCGCCGCUAUGCGCAAUCGAAGUUAGCGAACAUGUUGUAUGCCAGAGCCUUGAAUCGACAGUACCCUUGUGUUACGACUAUCUCCGUGCACCCGGGCAUUGGCUACACAGGAUUGCAGGACAACUUUUCUGUUCUCGACCGGUUCGUCAUGUGGGCUACCACAAUAGGUAAGCGAAGUCCAGUGGACCAGCUUGCCUGGAAUGGUCUUUGGGCUGCUACAACCUCACGAGGGACAUCGAAAGGACAAGUACACGGGGGCGAGUAUUACGAGCCUAUCGGCGUCAGACCAAAACUCACCAGUCACCAAACGAAUGCAAGUUUGGAGGACGAGCUUUGGGACUGGACACAAGAACAAUUGGAAGCUUGGGAGAUGAAAGCCGGGCUGAAGGUACGAGGCUCGAUCUCUUCCUCACAGCACUCAUGA